UUUACAUCACUUUCUGCGGUGUGUCGUAAUUUGCAAAAAUUGCAUUAGCAUCUUAGGAUUCGGCCGGAAAUGUCUAGGCAUGCGCUGAUAGGUGGCGGCACCGGCUUUAUCGGUCGCAAUCUGGCCAAACACUUAACCCAAAAGGGCUACGAUGUAACUGUGAUCUCUCGAAUGCCAGGUUCCAAACGCAUCACCUGGCACGAACUGGAGAAGAAUGGUAUUCCCGGAUCCGUUAAUGCAGUAGUAAACGCAACUGGUCAGAACACCUUGGAUCCAACGAGACGCUGGACGCCUGGAUUCCAGCAAAAUGUGUGGAACUCCCGCAUCAACUCUUCGAAAACUUUAGCUCAGGCUAUAAAGUCGGCUCCACAGGUCACUUCGUUUGUGAAUUUUUGCGGUGUUAGCCACUAUAAACCUUCCGAGUCGAAGGUUUACACUGAAGAGGAUGAGGUGCAGGGAUUCGACUACAUGUCAAAGUUGUGCUUGGCCUGGGAGGAGGCUGCCCACACUGGGGACGAGCAGGAUUGCAAAUGCACCAUUAUUCGAUGUGGUGCUGUUGUGGGUCAUGGGGGAGGAAUGAUUCAGUCCAUGUGGCUGCCGUUUAAGCUGGGAGUAGGUGGUCCUUUGGGCAGUGGCAAGCAAACAAUGCCCUGGAUACAUCUGCACGAUCUUUGCAGUCUGAUACAAUACAUCAUUGAGAAACCAGUGCCUGGAGUGGUCAAUGCGGUGGCUCCUGAAAUAGCCAGCAAUUUGGAGUUUAGCAAAGCUUUUGCAAAAGCCCUCCGUCGGCCCUGUAUCUUCAGCGUUCCCGAAUUUGUGGUUCAAGCCAUCUUCGGAAAAGAACGGGCAGCUCUGGUCUUAAGUGGAGCCAAGGUCAAGCCCCAAAAAGCCAUCUCCUGCGGCUUCAAGUUUCAAUAUCCCACGGUCAAAGAGGCCGUGACACAACUGACCCUCAAAGAAUGAACUGAAACGAUACUGAAUGUGGAUUAAACCUCUGCGUUAGUUCAAAGUUGUACAUUAAAUAGUUGGUAGUACCAAGCGCAAAUUAAAACGAAUUUCUGCGAGCCGAUAGAUUUAUGAAUCACACUCCCCGAAAAUAGAACCAUUUAAUUUGUUUUCUCAUCAGUCACGUCCACCAGUAUUUCACAAUUUUUUAGUGUCAUAUUAAAUGUAAUUAUUGGCUUAA